UGCAUUUUCCCUCCUGGACACUUGGGUGCAGUACAACGUGUCGAGCUAGUUGAGAAGCGGCAGGAGCUCGAAUCGCGUUGUUGCUUUGGCGAAAGGCUUUGUACGUACAACACAACAGUGAAGAUCGAAAGACGUUUAAAACAUCAAGAGAACGCAUGAAAUCCCCUGUUUGACAGCUGAUAUUUAUCUCCUCUCAGCAGUCUGUUAGCGGAUCUGGCCAGAUGGACCAGUCAUCAGAGCUUGAAGUCAAAACAUCUGCUGAUCAGGGUGAGAGCAGCAGUGGUCAGCCAGUGGAUGAUGAGCUUGAUGGACUUCCAGUCUUUGGAACAGAUGAAGAUGACUGGGAAAUAGACAGCAGCUUUGCUCAGAAGGCUUUGGAACAGAUGGAAAGCGAUGAUAAAAAUGAAAGUCAAGAUGGAGUGCCAACUAGUGGUGCAGAUGCAGAAGAGAACAGCUCCUCUAUCAAUGGCUCUGUAGAAAUGGAUGAAGAGAGAGCGAAAGUUUCUGAGGACACCCCUGUUACCCCUUCAUCAGACACUAUUAUAGAUAUCCAAGAUGUACAGUCUGAACUUAGGAUUGAGUCAUCGCGAAGUGAUGCUAUUUUGCAGCCGGACCCCCCUUCUGAAAGCGCAGACAGAGAAACAAGUUACUCACCUGUAAUACAAAUUAAGGAUGAGCCUGUUGAUGAAGAGUAUGAUAAAGCGUUAAUGCCCCAGUCCGACAUGAGCCGUAUUAAACAGGAGCUGGAAAAUAAUGAGAAUGAGGCCUCCUCUGCAUCAGAUGAACUGAGGAUUAGCUCUGUUUUCUCUGUUAGUGGAAACAGCAGUGAUGCAGUUUCUGCAUCUAUGGCGUCCUCCCAUGCAUCUUCAUUCUCAGUGAUGUCCCAGAACACUGCUUCGCUCAGAGGAACCACUAUACUUCUGCCAGCUCAAACCCAAACUCAGCUUCAGCUCCGGCUGCAAACCAAGACCCAGAUGCAGCCUCAAAUGCAGACUCGCUCCCGAAUGCAGCCGCAAAUAAUGCCGCAAGCCCACCUGCAGCCUCCUCCCCAGCCGCCCCAGGUCCAUGCUCCUCCACCCACAGUGAGGAUCUGCUGCUCAGGCUGUUCUAAAGUCCUCCAGAAGGGUCAAACGGCAUUCCAGCGAAAAGGCUCCAACCAGCUGUUUUGCUCCACCAUGUGUCUAACUAGUUUCAGUUUACCCUCAGUUCAGUUUACCCCCAUUAUUGCCCCUAAGAAGACCUGCCACCUCUGCCUUAAGGUCAUUGUCAAUCUAAAAGACUUGAUAACCAUCCCAGUGGGCUCCAUGAACACACUAAAGGAAUUCUGCAGCCCAGCUUGUCUAAGUAUUUAUAAAGACAGAUACGAAGAUGCACCUCCAGAUCUAUAUACACAAUGUGGCGUGUGUAAGUUGGUCAAAGAGAUUCAGCAUGAAGUGACUCAUCUGGGUGCCGUGCACAAGCUGUGCAGCGACGAAUGCUUUGCACGCUUCAGAUCUUCCAGAAACCUCUACAUGAGCUAUUGCGAAAACUGUGGCAACUGUACAGCCUCAGGAAACUAUCACCUGGUUCAGAUAGAAGAUAGUAUCAAAAAGUUCUGCUGCACCGAAUGCAUCGCCACUUACAAACAGAAAAGUGGCAAGAGGCUUCACUGUCCCUACUGCCAAGAUAUCAAAAAUAUUGAACAAAUGAUGGAAGGGACAAACAUACAGGGUGUUACAGAAUUCUUCUGCUCUCAGAGAUGUGUGGCUUUGAGUCAAGCGUCUCCCAGUUUGACAGUGAAACUUACAUCGCGGAGCAAAGAGGACAACACGCCGACAGACAAGACAGAGCAGGUUACUUCUGGCACCUCUUUCCCAUGCACAACUUGCAAGAAGGUAGCCGUUCCUCAGUAUCACCUUGCUAUUUCCGAUGGGUCCAUUAGGAACUUCUGCUCAUUAGAUUGUGUGGGCAAAUUCCAGGAGAAACUGAAUGCACCUGUACCUCAUAACCAGAUGAACGGAAACUCGCAUGGACCUCAGCCUCAGAGCGUUGCUCCACCUCGACCCACCACAGACCAUCUCCAGCCCACUCAAACUUCACCCAGUGUUCCUGCCCCAAACCACAACCCUCCCCCACCUUUUGUACCACCCUCCAAUCAAAACCCAGUUCCGACUUACGUGCCGGCUCCUGGUGUGGUGAACUCGCAAGACGCCCAGCAGCAAUGGCCAAACAAGCCCCCCUCGUCCUCUGACGCAGUACGGCUGACGUGCAAGCAGUGCCAGAAUCAGUUCAGCUCAAAACCUGAGGUCUUCCAGUUCAAGGGUCACGCAGGGUUGUUCUGUUCUCGAGCGUGUUGCGACACAUUUAAGAGGGAAAGCAACGUGAAAGCUUUGUGCGAAUACUGCAAAAUAGAGAAAGUGGUCAAAGACAUCAUCACAUACGAAAAGCAGCCGAGAUCUUUCUGUUGUGAAGGCUGUAAACUGCUUUUCAAGCACGACCUUACUAAACGACAUGGAGGUCAAUGCAGGGUUUGUGCCUACUGUCAAAACAUGACCCACAAAACCAUUCAGAACUUCUUUGGGGGCAAACUUGAGGAGUUUUGCACAGAGGAGUGCAUGUCUCUCUACACAGUGCUCUUUUAUGAGAUGGCCAAGUGUCAUGGCUGUAAGAAUCAGGGCUCACUAAAGGAAAGCCUCGUCUGGGAUGGAACAACAAGACACUUCUGUAACCUGACCUGUUUGCUGCAGUUUUGUUCAAAGUGCAUUACCCCUCAUCAGCCGGCAAGCAACGGUACCGCGUCAAACACCACUACAGUUCAAGCUCCAUUAUCUCUGUCAAAAGACAUGCCUGUGAUUGGUGGUGUGGUGUCGCUGGCCUCCACAUUACCUGGAAAUACUGCUCUCACAGGAGCUCUACCUACCUCAAAUGCCAGCUCAAAAAACAUAGGAGAAGCGAGCACACAAACCGACGCUGCAGUGGCUGCUGUUCCAUAUCGAAGAAUGUUGAAGAACAAAGCUCUCAUGUGCAGACCUAUUACUGAAGAGCAAGGUGUCCAGUGUCAGCCAGAGCCUCCAGUAUCUACAAAUUUGUGUGAAACAGUGAUUGAUGAAAACGGAGAGACGGUGAAGUUGGUGCCAGUGCCGGUGCCCGUGCCGGUGCCAAUCUACAUACCAGUGCCAAUGCAUCUAUACACCCAGUACACACCCUUUCCACUGGGCCUACCUCUACCGGUGCCUGUUCCCAUGGUCAUCCCUGGAUCUCAAGAAGGUGCCGAACAGAAAGACACUACAUCUAGCCUGCCUGCUCAGAGCUCAGUGGAAGAUGAUGAUGUGGAGAAGGGAAAAGACAAGCCUGUGUCACAUGACCAGGGCAGCACUUACAGUGGUGAUCUGGAGUCAGAAGCCAGAUCAACACCAACACCCUUCAGCUGGGCAGAUACUGAAGAUCCUGGAGCCAAUGUGAAGCCACCGGUGCCAUCGACGGAACCAGAGGAGCCGGUAGCUGCUCCGACCACGUCUUUGUCUUCAGAGCAGCCAGAUCUGGAAAAUGAUUUUCCCCGCUCGUCAGUUGACCCUGGAGCAGCUAAAGAGAACAGACUGGUGUUGACGCUGAAGAGACGUAAGAGGGGCCGAGACAGCCACCCUCCCAGAAAAAGGGGUCGUAAGCGAUCUGGCACCGAUACGUCGGGCGGUGUUUGGCUUAGUACCUCCAGCACAAAGCUCAACCAAAUGUACGGCGUCGAAGCCUGGGCCAGCUGGGUGCGAAUGAAAACAGGACAGAGCGAGCAAGAGCAGCAGCAGUCCCCAGGUCCAAUGACUAUGAAGGAGGAUGUUUUGCAGUGCACUUCUGCGGAUCUGAGUUACGGUCUGUGCCGCUUCAUCAAGGAGGUCCGCAGGCCGAACGGCGAGCCUUACGAACCCGAUAGCAUCUACUACCUGUGCCUGGGCAUUCAGCAGUGCCUGCUUGAAAAUGAGCGUCUUGAAAAUAUCUUCACGGAUUCGCUCUAUAGUCAGUUCAUCACUGACAUCACCACACUGCUAAAGGACUGGGGAGAUGCAUUGCCACCUGGAGGAUACAUACACUCACGAGUUGAGGAGGAGUAUCUUUGGGAAUGCAAGCAGUUGGGUGCUCUGUCUCCUAUUGUUCUGCUCAACACGCUGCUGUUUUUUGGAGCCAAGCUGCUCAACCUCAAAACGGUUGAAGAGCAUCGACGCCUUGCAUUCUCCAAUGUCUCCCACUGCUCGAAGACCACCAAAAGUGGCAUGACCGCUUAUCUUCGCUUCAAACUACCUAGCAAGGAAGAGGAAAAGGACAAAAAAGCACCAGCUGGUAAAAGGAGGAGAGAGGAAGAGACGGUGGAAGAGGAGUUUUUGGAGAUGCCUGAGAAUGUGGAGAACCCAUUACGCUGUCCUGUCAGACUCUACGAGUUCUAUCUCUCAAAAUGCUCAAACUCGGUGAAGCAACGUCCAGAUCUUUUCUACCUGCAGCCUGAGUCCUCCUGCCAUCCCAGCAGCCCUGUGUGGUACUCAGCCCAGCCAUUGGAGAGCACCAUGAUGGAGAGCAUGCUCACACGUAUCCUAGCUAUACGGGACAUUCAUCUGGACUCUAAGCAUCAGCAAAAGUACCUGGACUCAUCAGAUGAAGAAAGCUCUUAAUGAAAACCUACAAAUCUUAAGAACUUGCUUUGAAAAAAAAAAAAGAAAAAGAGCUUACAAAACACAUCAUAAGACAUUUGAUGGCAUCUACACAUUACUUUUAUUCAGAUGGGAAUGGAAUACAAACAGAAAUGAAUGAAACUGAAAUUCUGCACAAGCUCCACAGACAUUCCUUAAGUCAUUUAUUCUAUCAUGAAUGUUACAGAAAAUGAAUUUCAGAGGGAAUUGUUUGGUUUUUAGUCACAGUAGAUAUUGUUUCUCAGUAUUUAGUAUUAUUUAGUGAAAGCUUUUUAAGUUUCAACAUUCAUCAUGUCAUUGUUGGUAACCUUUGAAAAUAUAUAUGAAUUCUCAGA